CUCUGUUCUACCCGAUUCCCUCCCGAAAGCCCCCCAAGUUGCCGAUUGUUUCCCCUUGAGAAACUCGGCAAAAGCUUGGAAAUUUUCUUUCUUCUCUUGUUAAAUAACAAGCAUAGAACCCGGACUCCUUCCCCCCAUCUGCAGAAAAUCUCAGUUCUGCUUUGUUUUUCUCCCCUGCACCCGACGAGCCCCCCCGGUCACUGCCACCCAUUUCCGGCCGGAAAUCCGGCAAAGCUUGGGGAUUUUCCCCUUCUUCUCUUGUUCUUGAACCCAGAAAUCCUUCCCCCCAUCUGCAGAAUUCGGAUCUGCGUCUUCCUCCCCUACUGUCCGCGAGUUUCUGCGAUGUGGGUGUGAGGUUUUUGGGCUUUUUCUGUUUUUCGGGUAGCCGCGAGUUCCCCUGCAGAAUUUCUUCUUCUCUGCCGCCGGCUUCCCCCCCUGCUAGGCUCGGUUUUGCUUGCUGAAUUCCGGAAGGAAAACCGAGGACGGGGAAACCAAGAGGAGUGACGAGUUAGAAGGCUAGCCAUCUUGUAAUUGAAUAUGGAUUUUAGAUGUAAAUGACGAUAUUGCAAACUAGAUUGUAAUUGGAGAUCGUAUAAAUUCAUUUAGUGGAUUGUUAGUUAUAAGAGAUUUGAUCUGGAGAUUUUGAGUUAAGUCAUAUUGGACAAAGAAUUAAUUUUGAAAUAUCUGAUCUGAGUUAUGGGAUUGUCAGAUGUGAAUUGGAUAAGUUUUGAAUCUUGUGCAUUCGUGGGACCCGUUCACGAGUGCACGGCGUCUGUCGUGCCUCGAAUUCGGGUUUUGGGGUGUGACAAUAUUGAAGUUGGGGAAGAAGGGCAUAUUGGAAGAGAACCGGAGAGGAAAGAAAUGAGAAAUAAAAGUGAAGUUGUAGAAGUGAGGAAAAGAGUUUGGUAUGGGAUAUAUAUAGGUUGGGAGUUAUUUUGGUCAAUAUAACUGAUUGAAAUAAAACGGUGAAAAAUUC